AUGAAAAGGGAAAAAAGAACAAAGAAACAUAUUAAAUAUAUAAGAGAUCAAAUAAAGGAAAUAGAAUUAGAAUCCAAAAUAAUAAAUAAACAUAUUAAAAAAUUGGAAGAAGAAAGAAAAAUAUUUCAAUUGUCCACUGUUUUAUUAGAAAAAUAUAGCUCUUUUAUAAACAUCAAACUAGCUAACAAUUUAUCUAUUCAUAUUUUUAAUAAUACAUUUUUAAAUAGUUGUGGAAUUCUUUUUACUAAUUAUCCCUAUGAUGAAAUAUAUUAUAACAGCUGUUAUAACGACAUAACUCCAUAUGCCCAAUGUGGCAAUUCCACCAUCAAACGUAUUAGUUCAAAUUAUGUUUAUAAUGAAAAUGAUAAUAUAGAAAGUAGUAAAUAUAAUAAUAUAUUUCGGAUAAACCCCAAAAAGGAAAAAUGUGAAGCAUCAUCAAGCAAAGUAGAAGCCCAAAUUAAUAAUCAAACAAAGAGAACCCAUAGCUGUCAUAAUAUUUAUAUAAAAAACUAUAAAAAGUCAAAGGAUGGUUUGAAAAAUAAGAAUAAUGCAUUCAAAAUAAAAAGAGAAACCCUUCAUUCCAAUUUUAAAGAUGAUACUAAUAUCCUAUUCGAAGAAAGACAACUUAACAAGUUAAAUAAUAAUUAUAAUAUAAUAGAUAAUAAAAUGAUAGAAAAUGAAAACUAUAUGUCAAGCGACACUGAAAUAGAUAACAUAAAAAAUUAUAAUAAGCUAAAAUUAAUGCAAAUGGGAAUCCCAAAAAAGAAUAAACCAUAUAUGGAACAACAAAAUUUAAAAGAAUCUAUGAAUUUUUCUAGUAGUUCAAACGAUGAAUAUAAACCAUAUAGUUAUAUAGAACCUCACCAUAAUUUAAAUAACAUUGACUCAUAUACUGAUAUAAUUCAAAAUGAUAAAAUUCUACUAGCCUAUGAAAAUAAAAAUCCAAAUGAAGAAAAAAGUAGUAGCACAUUUGGAGGUUUCAUGAGCAAUAUAAAAAAAAUAUUUUUUAAUGAUAAACAAAAUAUGUUAAGUUAUAAAAAUGAUGAAAGAGACUUAAUUAAUGAAUUGGAACUAGAGAAACAAGAUACUAAUGAAAAAAAAAUAAAAAAAAAUCCAAACAAAACAGACAUGAGUAUAUUAAAAUUUCAAUGUAUAAUUAAAUCUAAAAGAAUAAGAAUUUAUUUAUGUGUAUGUCCUAAUUGCACAAAACAAUUUUAUCUUUUAAUAAAAAAAUUUCCAAAUAAAAAAAUUAUAUCAAAAGUUUUUCCUCCAUCCCUUUUUUUUUCCUUUGUUGAAAAUUUAAAGAAAAAUAACCAAGACUCUUUUUAUCAAAAAGAUAAACAAAAAUGGGAACAAAUAUCUAAUGAGGAAAAUCAAUUCAAUACAUAUCAUGAUAAUAUGUCUUCUUCAUUUAAUUUACCUGAUAGUAAUUCUAAAUUUUGUAAUUGCUAUAUAGGAAUAGAAGAAAAGGAUAAUAAUCUUUUUGAAAAUUUGGACAUGUUAGUUUAUUUAUAA